GCAGAGCGCUUGUUGUAGCCCCGUGAACGAUCCCCUUCAGCGCGAAGAACAGCAGAAGCGCAAAAACAUCCCGAACUCAUCGUGAACGACGCCAAACCAUUAUAACGCGCGCGUCACAUACAAAAGCAUUUCUUGUUCUCGACUUCCAUCUCUGCGUUCCAUACACCAUGCCGCCUAGAUUCAACCACCCCUCCGGCGUUACCUUUGUCGACGAGAACGACACCUCGCGCACCCAUGCCGACGCCGCGCAGUACUAUGGCGGGCCUGACAAGUUCACGCGCUCCAGGACGUACAGCGGCUCGCACAUCCAAUCCUAUGCGGCGCGCAAGGCGCCCAUGUUCGGCGACCCCACAAAGAGCCGCCGUCUGUCCCACGACGAGAAACCCUCUGCGCCACGCCGCUUCCUCAUCGACGUUGAAGAGACCAUCCGUGUCAUUCUCGAGCAAGAGGACACCGACGGAGACUUCCAGAUCAGCGUUACCGACGCGGGCCCGAAGCUCAUGCCGCUAGGCACCGCUACGAGCAACGGCUUUAAGACGUUUGACAUUCGGGGCACGUACAUGCUGUCGAACCUGCUGCAAGAGCUCGCGCUCGCGCGGGACCACAACCGCAAGCGCAUCGUCCUCGACGAAGCUCGCCUGACGGAGAACCCCGUCGACCGCCUUUCACGCAUGAUCAAGAACUCCUUCUGGCAUUCCCUCACUCGGCGAAUCGACGGCGAGGGGCUGGAGAUCAUCACGGCGGAUCCUAAGAACCGCACUGGGCGGAUGAACCCUCGCAUCUAUGUACCCUACGGAGAGCCAGAGAUGGCUGAGUACUAUCGCAAGGUUGCGCGCGAGAAGCCGCAUAUGCGCCUUGAUGUUCAGGUGCUCCCUCCUAAGCCCGAUGACCCCGCUUUCGUCAAGAGCUUGAACGAUAAGCCUGGUUUGUUGGCGCUUGCUAUGCAGGAGGUGUUAGACGCCAAGGGCGAGAAGACGCUGAAGGGAAUUCCCUUCAUUGUUCCGGGGGCUCGCUUUAACGAGCUUUACAACUGGGACUCGUACUUCAUCUCCCUCGGCUUGCUUGUCGACGGCCAUGUUCAAAUGGCGAAGAACAUGGUCGAUCACUUCAUCUUCGAGAUCAAGCACUACAACAAGAUUCUCAAUGGCAGCCGCAGCUACUACCUUUGCCGCGCUCAACCACCCUUCCUCACCGACAUGGCGCUCCAGAUCUAUAAUCAACUUGACCGUACGGACGAGGACGCCAACCGUGAUUGGCUGAAGCGCGCCAUUCAGGCUGCCAUCAAAGAGUAUCACACCGUCUGGAUGUCGGCACCUCGCAUCGACCCGAAGACGGGCUUGACGCGCUACAGGCCCGAGGGCCUCGGCAUUCCGCCAGAGACGGAAGCGUCUCACUUCACGCACAUCCUCGAGCCGUACGCCAACAAGCACGGCAUCUCCAUCCUCGAGUUCACCGAGAAGUACAAUGAUGGCGUGCUGAAGGAGCCUGAGCUCGACGAGUACUUCCAGCACGACCGCGGCGUUCGCGAGUCGGGGCACGACACGACGUACCGCCUGGAGAAGCGCUGCGCGAACCUGGCGACGAUCGACCUCCAGGCGCUCCUUUACAAGUACGAGAUCGACAUCGGGACCGCCAUCCGGGAGGUCUUUGACGACGAGCUCGAGCUUGAGGAGGACUUCGCGCUGUCGCCCUUCCCGCCGACGGAGGAGUCGUAUGCGAACCCGAAGCGUGAGAGCUCCAAGUCGCGGCUGCAGAACAGCGAGGAGUGGUUCCAGCGCGCCGAGUUCCGCAAGGCGCAGAUCGACAAGUACCUGUGGAACGAGAGCAAGAGCCUGUACUUCGACUACGACACGGUGACGGAGCAGCAGAGCCUGUACGAGACCGUGACGGCGUUCUGGGCGCUGUGGGCGGGGUGCGCGAGCGAGGAGCAGGGGUGGAAGCUGGUGUCGAACUCGUUGAAGAAGUUCGAGGUGCUGGGUGGUGUGGUGCCGGGGACGGAGGAGUCGCGUGGGCAGAUCUCGCUCGACCGGCCUAACCGUCAGUGGGACUAUCCGUAUGCGUGGCCACCACACCAGAUCAUGGCUUGGGUUGGGCUGGAGCGUUAUGGCUAUCUUGAGGAUGCCCAACGCCUCGCCUACCGCUUCCUUUACAUGAUGACCACCGCCUUCGUCGACUUCAACGGCGUCGUACCGGAGAAGUUCGACGCUGUCAAGCUCUCCCACCUCGUUGACGCCGAGUACGGCAACCAGGGCAUCGACUUCAAGCUCGUCCCUCGUGAGGGCUUCGGCUGGAUGAAUGCUGCCUUCCAGGUUGGGCUCUCCUUCAUGACCACCCACAUGCGCCGCGCGGUCGCUGCUUGCACGAGCCCUGAGGUCUUCUUCCGGCAGCCUAACACCGACGCGAACACCCUUGCGGGACACGCCCAGCCGUCAAACGACCCUCUCGCCAUGGCGAUGGACCAGCUCAGGCUGCCGCACGAGGAUGGGAACUAAUUGUCCGUUCGUACGUACGCACUGUCCGAGUGCUUCAGCUGCCCGUCGUGCUUUGCCACGCAUCGUGCUUCGCCGUCCAUCGUCCCUCUCUACCUAUCUUAUACAGUAAUGGUUCCUGCUCACACCCUAGACCGCAGUAAGAAUCGUUAAUGAUCUAGUUACUAGAAGUUCCCCGGCCCGCCGUAGAGCCAAGUUGUACAGUACAUAAUCCAUCCUCUCUACCACCAUCGUGCACUGCAGAUAUCGGACUCUAGUUUUUCUUGUUGGACUGUCUUUUGGAUGUUUCGUCGCUAGCAAGGAUGUUUUUCUCGUCAGCAAUUUACCCCUCGCGUUUGUCGAAGCCUAGAAAA